AUGAUUUUUACCGCAGCUGAUUUGAUUGGACGGCAGAUAUUACGUAUCUUGAAAAGGAUUUCCCUUGAUAUUCUUGGUCCUUGCUCCGUCGGUACACAAUCUUCUUCCCCUGUAGGAGUGAACUCAUUUAAAGAAGAUCUUUAUAUUUUACUGUCCGCAGAUUGGACUGCUAUCUUGGAGUGCAAGAGCAGCGAGACAAGUUUUCUAGAAAAGGGUCCGAGUAUAGUUGGUUUAAGGCCUGCCUUGCUGGAAAGGCUGGCAAAGUCCUCUUCUCUGCCGGAGAAUGGCACAGAGAGACGGAGGAGGAGAAGCGCAGUUCAAGAGCUGCGAGCAUUGCCUUGCUGGAAAGGCUGGAAAAGUCCACUUCUCUGCCGGAAAAUGGCACAGAGAGACGGAGGAGGAGAAGCGCAGGUCAAGAGCUGCGAGCAUUGCCUUGCUGGAAAGGCUGGAAAAGUCCUCUUCUCUGCCGGAAAAUGGCAGAGAGAGGCGGAGGAGGAGAAGCGCAGGUCAAGAGCUGCGAGCAUUGCCUUGCUGGAAAGGCUGGAAAAGUCCUCUUCUCUGCCGGAAAAUGGCACAGAGAGACGGAGGAGGAGAAGCGCAGGUCAUGAGCUGCGAGCAUUGGCUUGCUGGAAAGGCUGGAAAAGUCCUCUUCUCUGCCGGAAAAUGGCACAGAGAGACGGAGGAGGAGAAGCGCAGGUCAAGAGCUGUGAGCUAACCAAAUUUUACAAAAUGCUAUCUUUUGCAUAGGGCAAUGUUCUAGUUUCCACACACUUAUUGCUCAAGGCUAUCUUUUGCUUAGGGCAACGUUCUAGUUUCCACACACUUACUGCUCAAG